GGAGAGCUGUUGGGGCGUCGGGCCACUUCCUGUUUUACUCCUCCUCCUCGGAGGGCAGCGAAUGUUGUUAGUUUGAACAAAAUGGCUGCAUGAGCGCCACUCAACAAGAAUUCAGCGAACGCUUUAUUUGGACUGUCCGCACUUGCAUUUGGAUAUUUCAAGAAUUCGUUCUCCAGGAUUUCUUUUUCAGUUGCAUUCGUUGCAGCCAGGUUGUCAGUCGGUUGUUUUAGUUUAACCUACCUGCUAGCUUUUCAGCUAGCUAGCAAGCGUACAAAAUAUUUCCUUUGCACUUUAAACUAGAGUUAGCUUGCAAGCGUCGUCGGUUGCCCUAUGCCAAGUUAUCGGCGAAGAGCCUAAUACUGCCCUCCUUUAUUUUGCACCAUUUAGCUAUAAAUUGCAUACCAGUCGAUUUUUGAUGCAAACUAUCGUAUCGGAAUAUUUGGCUAGAUGCUUUAAUGACACUUUGCGAACGUUACAUUAUUUGGUAGCUAGCUAUUUUUUCUUGAUUACAGCAGUGUUGUGAUGUGUCGUGCCGUCAAGGCUUUGAGUCCGUGUUUUGUUUUUGAAGCUGAUUUUUUAAACUGGUAUUGAACAUUUCUUGCUAUGUGAAUAGUUAUCAGCGACCGCAGCAUUUUUGUUAUGAAGCUGCUUAGCGUAAAUUCGCAGUAUCCUGAAAAGAUAGCUAGCAAACGUUAGCUAACUGCGAAUGCGUUUGAAUUAGCCACUGAUCUGUCACUUACGGGUACUUUUUUUGGAAAGGGCACAAGAAAAUGCCUUUCUGCACCACCUUCUGCCAUGCAACAAUUCUAUACUGAAAGCUGCCAAAGCUCAACUUGUGAUUACUAAGCUGAGAGAAGCUAGAAACACAAGGAGAGAACCAUUUGAUGGAAGAAAAGAAAAAGAAAAAGCAAGAAGAAAAGUCAAAGAAGGAAGCUGCUCAGAAAAAGGUUGCUGAACAGAAAACCAAAGUGCCAGACUCUGCCAAGCCCAGCCCCAGCCUGACCCUGUCCCUGUGCGCGGCUAGCAGCAGUGGCAAUGGCAAGCGCGCCCCCUCCAGUGCCCAGCAGCAGCAGCAGCCAACGCCCGGCCCGCGCUACCCGCCCCGAGAGGUGCCCCCGCGUUUCCGCCAGCAGGAGCACAAGCAGCUUCUGAAGAGGGGCCAGCCAUUGCCCGCGGGCACCCUGUCUCUCGCCGCCUCCUCUUCCUCCUCCUCCUCCUCCUCCUUUGCUUCAACGCAGCUUGGGACCAGCUCCCCUCCUCAAACCCCUUCAAGCAAAAGGCAUACAGAGCUGUCCCAUUCGAGUGGCUUGGGAGCCCAGUAUGAGAACCCCCACUGGGGUCUUUCUAACAACAGCAGCAGUAGCACUGGCUGGCCUCAAGUGAUUAUCGACGAGAACGACAGCGAAGCCUGGCCCUCCAUUUCUGUCGGCAGUAGCCACGCGCCCACAGAAUGCCCCGCGGACGCUGAGCGCUCCACAGACGUCAUCAGCAGUAGCAGUAUGAGUAUGGCCACAGGAGCUGGACAGCCAGCCCACUACCCAAUCAACAAGAGCAGCGCCAACCACUCCGCAAGCAUGGUCUCCAGCCAAGGCGGCCCCAACAGGGGAUGGGGCUCCGACGGGAAGGCCGACGGCCUGACCAUGGGAGGGAGGGGUCAGCCCAACUGGAGCUCCCCCAACCUUAACCUGAACCCCAACGCCAACCCAUCCGCGUGGCCCAUGCUAGGACACGAGGGGCCCAACGUGGGUGGCGGCGGCGGCGGCGGCAUGGGCGGUUCAAACUCCCUUCCCCCGAACAUGUGCGGCCCAGGAGGCGCCCCACCAGUGCACGGCACCAACGGAAACGGCAACAUGGGCAGUGCCAACGGGAGCCUGAUGGGGGACGGCACCGGCGCCUGGGGGAACCCCGACGCCCCCGAGCAGCAUCAGUCCUCAGCUGCGAAUGUGUCUUUCAGCAUGGAACCUCCCAACCUCAACACUGAUGGACCAAACCACACUAAACCAGAGCCCAUGAGCCCAGUCCACGGCUGGGGCGGCCAGUCGCCCACCGAGAGCUCGCAGGCCAACGGGGACGGCACCUCCAUGUGGGGCAGCAGCAGCGGAGACGCCAAGGCCAGCGAGCCCAAGGACUCCGGCUGGGACUCCGCCAACGUCUCCUGGGGACGUGGAGGCGGCAGCGGUGGGAAAGGAGGAGGCGGUGGCACCGGGACCUGGGGUGACUGGGAGAAGCAGUCCAGCCGUGAGGCCAGUGGCUGGAACUCGGCUGACGUGCAACCCCCGCAGGACCAGAUGAGCUCCUGGACCGGCGACGCGCCCGCCAGCGAGGGCAGCGGCGACAGCAGCGACGGUCGCUCGCGCCACCGGGAGAGGUCCUCCAGCACGGACAGCAUCCCUGUCCUGCCCCGCCAGGACCUGGACCCCCGCGUCCUCAGCAACUCCGGCUGGGGCCAGACCCCAGUCCGCCAACACACUGUGUGGGAGAUGGAGGAGAUUGGAGAUCACAAGUCUGAGAGUGGAACUGAGGCCUGGGGAUCCUCCUCCAGUGCCACUCCUGCAGGGCCCCCGCCCAUGCCCACUGGUGGCGCCAACCCUAAUCUUGGUGGGGCUCCGAGGCCCGAUUCAGGGGGCAAGAAUGAGCCGUCGGGCCCGGUGGGCUCAGCCUCUGGCUGGGGAGGCGCACCCCCACCUCACCCCACUAAACCCUCAGUCACUGGGUGGGGAGACCCUCCGGCCAGCAAGAAGGUGUCCAACGGGUCGGUGAGUGGAUGGGGCGACCCCAUUCCCAGCGGCCCCAACACCAACGGUCCUAAGAGCGGCCAGUCCUGGGGCUCCGAGGACAAGUCCCCCAGCUGGGAGGACAGCCCUAGCCAGCCCAAGCAGCAGGGCUGGGGAGAUCAGCCCAAGCAGCAGGGCUGGGGAGAUCAGCCCAAGCAGUCCCAGAAUUGGGGCGGCGGUGGCGGCGGCGGCAACGGCAACGGCAACAAUGGUGGAGAGUGGGGUGACCACUCCGAGGGGAAGAAAAAUGGCACUGGAAAUCAGAUGUGGGAGGGCGAUGGAGGCAAUUGGAAGGAAAGCUCUCGCGGCGGUUGGAACAAACCUGCUCCAAGCGUGGGAGGCAACUGGGGAGAUGCCCCCCAACGCACCAAUGGUCCGAGCCAGGGAUGGGGUGGCAAACCCCAGGAGGGCCCCAACGGAGGCAACAACGCCGGUCCCAACGGAGGCAACAACGCCGGUCCCAACGGAGGCCCCAACGGAGCAGCCCCCAUGGGCUCCUGGGGAGGACCCACCUCAGUCAAGCAGUCAGCCGGAUGGGGAUCAGGCGGCCGCCCGGACAGCGAGGUCACCGGCUGGGAGGAGCCGUCUCCGCCCUCCAUUCGCCGUAAGAUGGAGAUCGACGACGGCACCUCCACCUGGGGCGACCCGAGCGCCUACAGCAAGGCCGUCAACAUGUGGGACCGCAACAACCCAACGCAGGGCAACUCGGGGCCUGGCAACAGUGGCGGUGGCGGUGGCAACAACCACCACUCAGCACCCAUCAACAACAACAAUCAUCACCACCACCACAACAACCCGCACCACAACCAGGCACCCAUGCAGAAUCACUCCAACGGCAGCAACAACAACGGCUCACCCAAUCAGCCUGGACCUCCCCCGAACAGGCCUCCCCUGGUCGCUCCAGGCUGGGGAGAUCUGCCCAACGUUCAGGCCAAGCCUGAGCCCUCCACCUGGGGGGAGCCGGCCCCCAAUGCCCCCCCAGUGGACAACGGCACCUCAGCCUGGGGCAAGCCUCCCCGAGGCCACGGAGGCUGGGGCGACGGAGGGCAUGAGCCCGCCGGACCCUAUGGCAGGGGUAGCGCACCCCCCGGAUCUGCCCCCUGCAAGCAAGGCCCCAAAUCUAUGCAAGACAGCUGGGGCUCUGGAGGCGAGGACAUGGGCCCGUCCGCCGGCCAGUGGGACGCUGAUGAAGGAGACAUGUGGAACAGCCCCGUCUCUCAGGAGAGCAACUCUUCCUGCAACUCCUGGGGCAACCCACCCAAGAAGGUUCUACCGAAGGGGAAGAUGCCCAACAAGCAGGAUGAUGGCUGGAUCAUGAACCGUCUGAUCAAACAGCUCACAGACAUGGGCUUCCCGAGGGACCCUGCCGAGGAGGCUCUGAAGAGCAACAACAUGAAUCUGGAUCAAGCCAUGAGUGCUUUGCUGGAGAAGAAGACCGAACUGGACAAGCGGGGGAUGGGCAUGUCCGACUACAACGGCCUGAACAAGCCCAUGGUGUGCCGUCCCCAGACCCUCUCCAAAGACUCCUCCUCGGACCGGGCCCCCUUCCUGGACAAGGACGGCGGGCUGUCGGAUGACCCACCGAUGACCUCACCGUUUAUGCCUUCUCCCGGCCUGAAGCUCCCGCUGGCCAACAGCAGCCUCCCUGGCCACGGUCUGGUUGGGGUCUCCUCGGGGCUGGCCAUGCAAAACUUGAACAACAGACAGAUGCAGAAUGGAAUGUUUGGCAGUAGCGGAGCAGCACAAGCCCGGGCCCUGCAGCAGCCGCCGCAGGCUCCGCCCCCUCAGCCGUCAGUGCCGCCUCUCAGCUCCUCCCAGCCUGCUCUACGCACUCAAGUGCCUCAGUUUCUCUCCCCUCAGGUCCAAGCACAGCUCUUGCAGUUUGCAGCAAAAAACAUUGGCCUGAAUCCUGCACUUUUAACCUCACCAAUAAACCCUCAACAAAUGACCCUGUUGUACCAACUCCAGCAACUGCAAAUGGCGUACCAGCGUUUACAAAUCCAGCAGCAGAUGAUGCAGGCUCAGCGCAGCGUCUCCGGCCCCAUCAGACAACAAGAGCAGCAAGUUGCACGUACAAUCAAUAACAUGCAGCAGCAGAUCCAACAGCACCAGCGUCAGCUGGCCCAGGCCCUGCUGAUGAAGCAGCAGCCUCCUCCUCCUCACUCCGGCCUGCACCCCGCCGCCGGCAAAUCAGCCCUGGACUCCUUCCCAGGCCACCCCCAGGCCUCGGGCCUCAACGACCUGCAGACCAAAGAGCCGCAGUCUUCUCCCAACUCGUACAGCACCUACCCGCUCUCUGGACUGAACCCCAGUAUGAAUGUAAACUGCAUGGACGUGGGCGGGCUGAGCAUGAAGGACCCACCCCAGCCCCAGUCCCGCCUCUCCCAGUGGACACACCCCAACUCCAUGGACAGUCUCCCGGGCAACGGCUCCCACAUGGAGCCCGGCAUGAACAAACACGGUGGCAUUCCUCCGGCUCCCAACCACGGCCCCACUGGCAAGACCCCCAUGGACGACUCGUACAGCCCGUACGGUCUGAUGUCCACCUCCGAGUCUCCCACCAGCCCCCUGGUGGCGCCCGAGAGCUGGGCGCAGGGCAAGAGUCCCACUGAGAAGAUCUCCAACGGAAACAACAUCAGCUGGCCACCAGAGUUCUGCCCUGGGGUGCCUUGGAAGGGCCUGCAGAAUAUCGACCCAGAGAACGACCCUAACAUGACCCCAGGAAGUGUUCCCAGCGGCCCCACCAUCAACACCAACAUCCAGGAUGUACAUCGCUACCUCCAGCGGGACCGCAGUGGAGGUGGUCUCCCACCCUCCUCACAGAACGGCUCUUUGCCAGCCUCGAGUGAGUGGCCAGUCUCUGGCUUCACAAGCUCGUUCAGCCUGUCCUCCCCCGAAGGGGAGGAUACCACAGGUAAACUGCUGGACAUGAAGUCCACGUGGUCCCCUGGGCCCAUCUCCCACUCACAGGCCUCGCUGUCCCACGAGCUCUGGAAGGUGCCCCCCGGCGGCCGCAACUCCACCGCACCGUCCCGCCCCCCGCCCGGCCUCACCAACACCAAGCCCUCGUCCACCUGGGGAGGCCACAGCCUGGGCCUGGCCCCCGGCUGGACCAGCUCCUCCUACUCAGAGGGCACAACCUGGAGCACUGACAGCUCCAACAGAACUAGCAGUUGGUUGGUUCUGAGGAACCUGACGCCUCAGAUUGACGGCUCCACUCUGCGGACCCUUUGCAUGCAGCACGGCCCCCUCAUAACAUUCCACCUGAACCUGACGCAGGGCAACGCCCUGGUGCGCUACAGCUCCAAGGAGGAGGCCGCCAAAGCCCAGAAAAGUAUUUACAUGUGCGUGCUGGGAAACACCACCAUCCUGGCGGAGUUCGCAGGCGAGGAGGAGGUGAACCGCUUCUUUGCACAAGGUCAGUCCCUGCCGCCCACCACCAGCUGGCAGGCCAACCCGGGCACCAAUCAGACGCUGGGCGGGGCGGCCGUCUCCCACCCCGUCAGUCACUGGAGCGGCGGGAACAGCGUCGGCCACGUCGGCAAGGCCCCCGGCAGCUCGGGAGGCUCAGGCGGUGGCGGCGGGGACCUGCUGUGGGGCGGCGUGCAGCAGCACUACUCGAGCCUGUGGGGGCCGCCCGGCGGAGACGACGCCCGCGUGAUCGGCAGCCCCAUCCCAAUCAACACCCUGCUGCCCGGAGACCUGCUGAGCGGAGAGUCCAUGUAGAGAGGACCGCCUCGCUGCUGCUGCUGCUGCUGGACCCGGAGAUGCUAAGUACACGAAACUUUAGAAAUAUCAACAACAAACAAACAGGAAAAAAUGAAAGAACAAUUUCUAACCAACAAAACAUGAAACAUGGAGCAAAAACCAAGCAAAUUAAUGUGGCGAUAAUCAGUUAUCUGUGGAGCUGUAACGCUUAGGCCUGGGCUAACAUGAGGCUGCUGACCCUUCCCCCUCUCCUGAGUUUUUAUUUAUGUUCGCUCUGGCGUCCAAGGAUCAAGGACGCCCUCCGACGCCGUGUGCUGUGGAAGGACUCUUGACGAGAGAGAAUCAAUAUAUUACAUGAGCCUUUGAAGUCUCUCCAUGUAGUUUUGAUAAGUUUUCAUUCUUUUGACAUUCAGUACAAAUGUUCCGAGUUAGUAUCUUUUUUUUUUUUUUUUUGUCCUUUUGCUCGUUUUUAGUCAGGAGAAGCAAUCUUAAGAGGCAGCCCCAAACCACACCUCAGAUACUCUAAAAACACCUCAUGAAUCCCUUCUCCCAAAAAAAGACAGACUUCCUAACUGCCCUGUGGCCUAGGAGAAAAAAGGCUCUUGAAGUUUUAUCCACCAUGUUAUUUUCUUGUUUUUCUUUUUUCAUUGAACUGAUAUUAGCCUUAAGUGCUCUCCAGGUCCUUUUUCAAGCAUUUUGUUUUUAAACAAAUACUAACUAAAGAAACCUUUUGAAAACUUGCACAGUCCCAUACCUGAGCCAGCGAUUGGACCAGAACAAGCGUGAAGAACAACGCCAACACAGCUUUGGGCAACCUGUGAGCAAGACCAAUCACUCCCCCCCCCCCCCCCCAUGAUAAUGAUGUUGUUUCUAGUGCUUUCAAUUUUUUUUGACAGACUGUCCCGUUACAAAAAGGGACCUACACUGCUACAUGUUUGGUAUACCCUGGCCGGUGUUUAGUUGAAUUGUAUGUAUUGCAACAUAAGCUGAGAGCAAAUUGCACGUCAACCUAACUGAGUGUGGACCGAGUUGUGAGUAAGCGUCUUCAGGCACCUGACCUUUUGUGUCCAUGCACCACUGUUUGAAGAAGAAGAAGAAGAAAAGGUCGUUCCUCAUACCAUAACACGAGUACCAGUGCCGACUGACCUAAUCAAACCCCAUGCAUUCAUGUAUCCUUGUCCUCUUGUGUCAUAUGGUCCAUCAAGGAAAGGAGACAUAAAACAAACAACACAACACAACCACCUUCAAGAGAUGCAUUGUGCAAUAUAUGCCACUGACUCUUCCGUCCUCACUGAAGCCAAUCCGAGCUGGGCUUCUUGUUGUCCUGAUUGAAUCGUUUGCGCUGCUCUUCGUCUGAACAGCAGGAUAUUUUUUGUUGUUGUUGUUUUUGUUAUCUUGAGAACUACAGAAACCUUAUGAACUUCAUUUCCCACCCAAGCCUGUGACUCCUGCAACUGUUGGGUAUCUUCAGACAUGGCUGGGGCGAGGACGAGGAAGAGACUUUCUCAUAAGCCAGUGUGUGUUGUGCUGUGCUGGGGAAGACUGGACUGGCAAAAAGGAAACAAAAAGAUGUCGUUCCCCAUCACACACAACCUCCCUCCCUCACGCCCCGCCCAGCAGAGACUGUCUCCACAGCGAACAAGGGUCAAGCGGUUUGGGCAACUGGCACAAUACCAAAUAAGAGGGGUUUCUCCCAAUGCAGUAGGGUAAAGAGUGUUCCUUGCAUUUGGUACAAACAUGAGACUACAGUACAUUUUAAAAAAAAUAUUAAGGGAUUUAUCAUAGCACUUAUGAAGAGAAGGUAGCUCCACCUGCAAUGCCAAUAAAUCAGACAAGGGAGCCGCAACGUUGGAAGAGUAACUGAAAAAAAAUAAAUACAGAAAACAAAGAAAAAAACUCAAUGGCAACUCCUAGCUCUUUUGUACUGUAUCUGUAUUUUUAAAAAAUACUUUUUGUUUUUGCUGGUCCUCUUUGGUCCAGGGACUCUGACAGACUUCAAAACAAAACAAAAAAAAAAGAGAAAAAAAGAACAUGAACUGGUGUCAGGAUGAAGGGAAAAACAAGACUGAAUCUUACAAUCAGACAAAACAAACAAAAAAAAAACUUGCAGUGUGUUUUUUUGUUUCAAUUCUAAGCUGUUUUAUUUCUCAUUUACUAUAUAUCAAAAAGUGAAUGUCACUGUUACUCCAAAAUGGUCUUUCUUAGCCUUUUGAUUCUUGUAUCUGGAGGAAGCGCUACUCAUGCAAUGUUACCUGGAUACAGACAGUGGUGGUGGGGGUCGUGGUGAUGCAUGGGGGUUUUCCGGGGGGGUGGGGCGAGGUUGGGGUCGUCACGUCGACCUGGCCGACUGUCUGCCCACUGAGUGCCUCUCUGCUGUGGAGACGGGGCGGUGGCGGCGCUCCCGGCCCUCUGACGCUCCGCAGCAGCACCUCUUCCCAGGCAGCCGGCGCAAACCCCAGCGCCCAGCCCCGCCCUCCCCAGGCCCAGCAGCCUGUCUCUCUCUCUCUCUCUCUCUCUCUCUCCUCUUCCUCUCCCCUCUCUCUCUUUCUUUCUCUCCAUAUAGAACCACUGCGCUGGCACUCCCUCCUCCUCUCUGUGUACCCCAUCCCCCCCCCCAUCCUCUGCUGUCUCACAUGACGAUCACUUUAGCUGGAAGUUGAGACGGUUCGAUCUCUGGAAUUGCCAGUUUCUGUGUUGUAGUUUUUUUGUUUGUUUUUUUGCUCUGUUCUGUUCUUUUUUUGUUGUUUUUGUUUGCUUUCACAUGACUAUUAUUAUUGUGUCCAUGCAGUGGUCUUUUUUUAAAGGUAACUGCCUACAAUUACCUUCGAUGCUCAUAUGCAGAAACUCUCUUCAGAAGAGGUGCCUCUGUCUGUUUGUCCUGUGUAAUGAAUGCACAACGCGGAUCAAUAUUACGGGCCAUAUUUGAUUGUUCCUUCUUUUUUUCAACCUUAAAUGGUCAUGCUUUUUUAGCUGUGUUUUCAUAAAUUUUUUAGUAGUAUCUGAUGAUUGUCAAGUAGCCUCUCAGACUAAUGUGGCAGAAUGUUUAGUGAGUGAGUGUGUGUAUGGGUGUGUGUCUCUGUGUUAGACAUCUCCCUGACUCCCCCCUGCCCGUUCCCUCAUGCAGCUGCUACCAUCCUCCUCCUCCUCCUCUGCGUUUUCCGUUAGCCUUGCUCUUCGCUAGCCCGUGUCCCGCUAGCGCCUGGUCCUCCAAGCCUCGCCAACAAGAGACAGCGCCCCCUCGCGUGAGUAGCCUGCUUCGGCCAGCGCUCUCUUCUCGUUUUCAGCCGACUCUCUUGGAGCCUCCCAGCCAGAGGCACAUAACAGACUCGGGCUUCUGUUUCUGUUUCUAUGCAAAGCCAAGGAGACUCAAGGGGGUGAGGGGGAGGGGGAGGUGGCAGCUGUGUUUCUAUGGCAGCCCUUUACCACAACGUGCCAAUCAUGUCUGUGGAGGCUACGGCCCCCUUGCCUGGGUGGAGCCCUCCUCUCGCCUCCAGCACGUGUGCAGCCACACCUCUCUGUUCUGUUCUCACUCAUACCCCCCCACCCCUAUCGUCCGUCUCUCAGCAUCGGGGUGGACCAAGACACUGUCCCAUGUUGCUCUCUUUCUCCCUCACUCCAAAUCAGGUGUUCCACGGGAAGGAUAAUGUCACCGUUUACUCUGCUGAAAAGAAAGGAAAAACAAAACAGCAUCUCACAUCAGCUUGAUCUCAGGGCAGGGCGAGGGAAACGACAACAAAAGAUAUAUUAGAAAAAUAAGUGUUUAUAUACUAGCGGCAUCGCGGGAGUCUGUUGGGGGCAAAGUGUCAUAGAGCUACCGUGUUUAGGAGUGGGACACGACGAGUCUGUCCUGUGCAUGGGUCCUCUUAGCUCUUAUCCCUACAGGGCCUGCUGUAUCUAUCCACAGGAUUGGUGGGAUCUGUUGUCAAUCAAAAGAAAGGGACCCAUUCUUUCCACUCCUUUUGCUGCUGGGCUCUCACAAGAUGUCCACUUAUUUUUCCGUUUUUGUUUUUACUGACUCCAUGUGCCAACACAGUGAAAGACCUAGAAAACAGACCCCCUCCCCCUUCUCCGCACCAUUCUGGCUGUAGACGGAUCAGUAGGAGGAUGGAUCUGAUGUCCUGUCCUGCUGCAGAGCCCCUCUGUAACGCCUCCGAGGCCACGCACGGGUGGGGAGCUGGAGGCCGACAACGAGCAACAACCUCAUUCUGAUCAUUCGAGAUGAUGAUAAUCUUUUUUCUGUCUUGAGAUAGACCCCCUGUUUCCAUGGAGCAAGAACUGUCAAACCAAGAUUGGGGGUUCAAAAUUCUGCUAAGGUGCACAGUUGUUUGGGUAUUCCCUGGUACAUUUUGUUUUUGUUCUUUUUUUUAAAAACCAAAAAUGAAAUUGCAUUUUUUAAAAUAAAUUUUGACAAAAAAAUAGUAAAUGAGUAAAAAAUAUAUAUGUUGAGAAAAAGAAACUGCACUUCAUACUGAAACGUCUCCUGUCUGCUAACCUGCCUCUCUGUCAUCCAGGAGGGGCUCAGACUGGGCUGCCUUUUUGUGGAUGCUGUAUUUGUCGUAAUCAUUUCUCCUGAAAGAGACAUUCUAAUGAGACGUAAUAGGGCCCAGAGAAUUGGAACAUUUCCAUUCACCGUGACUGGUCAGGGCCUCCUACUGUAUCAACAUUCUCUUCCCUCAGUAUUCUGAUGGGAAUGAUACAUUUGAACAGGUACAUUUUUUUAAGUCUUAAGAACUAUAAGUGGGGUUAAAGGCCUGCAUCUCAGAAAAAAAAGUGUUUUUAAAAAAGAAACUAAAAUCACAAAUGCCUGUGUCUGAAACUGCCUUGUUUGAAACUGUCAUGUCCAGUUUUAACAGUGGACCUCAAAAAUGUCCCCAUUUAGUGUCAGUGUCCCCCAAAAACCAGGAGUUAUCUGGUCAUCACCUACCAGCACUGGGAAAUGAUCCCUGCAGCUUAACUGUGACAUGAAGCCAUGCAUCACAGAUGUGUAUGGAUUUCAAUCUAUGAAAUGUUCCCUUUUUAACUUAAAGCUGGAUUGAAUAAACAAUGUAAAAUGAGCAAUAUGUGUUUCUCCCCACAAAUAAAUGUUAUGAGGGAAUGGGGAAGGGAUUUAACUGAUACUUGAUGGAUCACAUGAAAAAACUUGUCCCUAUCUCAGUGGGAUAUGCAUGUGCUGGUUUUAACAUAUACAAUACAUCAUUAGUUUGUGUAUGUGUACAUAUUUCAGUCGCCCCCCCCCCCCCCCCCCCCCCCACCAUGUGUUCAUUCUUUCUUUUUAGAAGAGAUAAAGAUCAUAAACAUAUCAAAACAAAAAAAAAGUUAAUUAAUGUUACAAUACUUGAAUCAAGAAGCGCCAAUAACAUAAUGUGAACACUUUUUUGUCUGAGUGUGACUUCUACACUUCUGAGGUAUUGAUGAUAAGUUCAAAGUUCAGCAUUAGUUUAAAUGUAAAAAAAAAAAAAAGAUCAUUAUACUGUGUGCUUGAAUGAUUGUGUGUGAGUGUGCGUUCACACUUUAAUGACUGUGUUCACUGUGGGCUAAGGCCCAUGUUUUAUUUUGUCAUCCGUUCAGUAUAGUGUGUUGUGUCUGUUCUUUUUUUUUUGCUUGUCAAAACUAUAUUCUGAUGUUAUCUAACGUUGCACUGAGUGUCUUCUUCCCCUCUCUCAGCUAAUCGUAGAGAACACGAGACUAAGUACUGGGGGGAGGCGAUGACAAUUCACGUGUUAAUGUUUACUCAAGGACUUAAAGAAAACAAGUUUUUUGUUUUAUCUGUAAAAUGUUUAACCUGUAAAAUGUUUAUCUACCUUAUAGUGGCUUUUAUUGUUGAAUAGCCCCCUAACAAGGGUUAUCCAUUGAGUAUUGCACCAUUUUUGUUCAAAUUAUAAAACAUAAAAAUGUUUAAAAAGAACAAAAAAGUUUAAAAAAAAAAAAAAAAAAAUUAAAAACAAUACAAAAAUCUACUACAAAAAAUAAACAUGAAAUGAUGAACUGUGGCCAUAGCUAGCUGUAGAGAGACUAGAGAUCCCUAUGUUUAUGUCAUUGAUAUGUGGGCAGAGAUGUAGGCAAUGCGAGGUCCUGACCAACAGGACUCCAUUCAGUGGUGCCUCUCUGUGCUUGCAGAUGAUCGGGUUUUUUAUUGUAAAAAGCCACCUGUCGUUUACAAACAUUUCAUGUGUUUGAAGAUCACAAGAAAUAAAGGAAUUUAUAAUGGGAAUGUUGAUUUACAAAAAAGAUGUUUAAAGGACAAAGUUCAUCUUCCAUUUUAAAGAAAAAUGACGAAAACUUUACAAAUUGAAGAUUUAUGCUACUUUCAGAACUCUGGGAUUGAUCAGUGUUUGUGUCGUACUUUUUUGCUUUGAAUUUGACUUUUGUUGAUGUUAACAGACUAUCUAAGCCUAUGAUGUAUGUCUGUUUUUGUAAUUUCAUUUAUGGCGUUAUCUGUAAAAGCAACAUAAUUCUGUCACUAUCUUGCACACUCACAAAGGAUGUGGAUAUUGUCUCAGGAAGGCCAAGGUUUCCAGAGUCCCAACUCCACUAUUUUAACAUUAAUUUUUACGAGAAAAUGGAAUUUUAGAAAAGUGGAAAAAGAAAAAAUGAUACUAAAUGACAAAACCAACUCUAAGCACUGAAAGGUUAUGGAUUUUUGAAGAUGAACAUACCCUUUGUUUCUAAAAUCCGUAGCAGUUACACAUUUACCAAAUAAUAGACUUGUAAUGUCCUUUUUACUUUGUAAGUGGAGUGCUUUACUUUGAGAAGAAAAAUCUAUGUAGACAUUGCUUUACAUUCAAACGCAGUUAUCAGUGAUUUUGAUUGUUGAAGAGGUGUAAGGACAUGCAGUUGUGCGUUCUAAACGUGCACUUUUUUUUUGUUUGUUUUUCUCGAAGGUCCUAUUAAAAAAUGGGAUCAUUGUGCAUUAUUCUCUCCUCUGUCAUCUCUCAUGAUGACAUAUAUUCAAAUAAAAGAGAUUCUGUGGAAAGUUUUGGGAAGUUUCUGAGACAAGGUAGAGUAGGAGCUUAAGCUGGUUCUAGAGGAUUCUGAUCUAUGCACAAGUGGGAGAGGGAAGAAGUGUUCAGACCUGCUAUUUUUGGGCUGGGUUGUGGGGGGAUGGAUGUUUGUUUAUGAUGGGGAGGGGUAAUCUUAUUGUGCUCAAAUGUAGUAGCUUAUUCUUUUUUUUUUUUUUUUUUCAUUUCCAUGCUUCCCUCAGUAUCGUAUACAGAUAAAAAUUAUAGUGUCACCAUGUUUUAUUCUCUUAAGUCAUGAGCAUCUCUCUCUGCCAAACUGAGCACUGUGGAUCUUUCCAGAAUAAUCCAUGAUUCUAGAGUCUGCUUGAGAGGGAGAGGCAUUUUCUGGUAAAUGGAAUAAGGAGGAAGUUUGCUUUAUGCCUUUUUAAGUUUGAAAAGAGAAUUUGAGGAACAUGUCUGUACCGAGAUUCAAAAAAAGUUGCUGGCUUUUAAAUGUUCUUAUUUUUUUGUUUCUUUUUCCUCCUCAUAGAAUGUGAUUGUCAAUGACUUGCACCGAAAAAAUGUUUCCAUGUGUGGUGGAGAUUCUUUCGGCCUAUAUUAAUAAAUAAACUGCAAUUUUUCUCUUGA